UCUUCUUCAGGUGCAUCUGGUGUUGAUACAGUUGAAGUGUCAGUGAUGGAGGGAGAAUCAGUCACUCUACACACUGGUGUUGAAACAAAACAACAAGAGAGAAUCAGAUGGUAUUUCAAUGACACUCGCAUCGCUCAAAUCACUGGAGAUUCUUCAGGUGCAUCUGGUGUUGAUACAGUUGAAGUGCCAGUGAUGGAGGGAGAAUCAGUCACUCUACACACUGGUGUUGAAACAAAACAACAAGAGAGAAUCAGAUGGUAUUUCAAUGACACUCGCAUCGCUCAAAUCACUGGAGAUCCCAAUAAGACCUGUACAGAUGUUCAGUGUAAUAAAGGUACUGAGAGAUUCAGAGACCGACUGAAGCUGGAUCAUCAGACUGGAUCUCUGACCAUCAUGAACAUCACAACCACAGACACUGGAGAUUAUAAACUACUGAUAAACAGCAGCAGAUUUGUCAUUGUAAAGACAUUCAGUGUUACUGUCACUGGUGAGUAUCAUUUUAUUGAAGUGCCAGUGAUGGAGGGAGAAUCAGUCACUCUACACACUGGUGUUGAAACAAAACAACAAGAGAGAAUCAGAUGGUAUUUCAAUGACACUCGCAUCGCUCAAAUCACUGGAGAUCCCAAUAAGACCUGUACAGAUGUUCAGUGUAAUAAAGGUACUGAGAGAUUCAGAGACAGACUGAAGCUGGAUAAUCAGACUGGAUCUCUGACCAUCAUGAACAUCACAACCACAGACACUGGAGAUUAUAAACUACUGAUCAACAGCAGCAGAUUUGGCAUUGUAAAGACAUUCAGUGUUACUGUCACUGAUGUUCCUGCUGCUGAACGAGAUAAAAUGAAGAGAAAGUCAGCGAAGGAGGGAGAAUCUAUUACUUUACAUUCGGAUGGAAUAAAAAACCCAAAUGAUUUAAAGAUGUGGUAUUUUAAUGACACACUCAUCACUGAAAUCACUGGAGAUCAGAGUAAGAUCUGUACAGAUGAUCAGUGUAAAGAGAGAUUCAGAGACAGACUGAAGCUGGAUCAUCAGACUGGAGCUCUGACCAUCACAAACACCAGAACCACAGACUCUGGACUUUAUAAACUACAGAUCAACAGCAGCAGAUUCAACAUCAUAAAGACAUUCAGUGUUACUGUCACUGGACAAAUGAUGCAGCACAACAAUCCUGACCUGGAGAAUAGUGGAGAACCAUCGCCCCUUAUUCCGACUGAGACUCUAGAGAUGUGUGUUGCUGAUAGGACAUCCCUUGAUCAGACUGAUACUAUGAAGACGGGUGCUGCUGGAGGGGCAUCCACUGAUCAGAAUAAAAACACACUGACGGGUUCUGCUGGAGGGGCAUCCACUGAUCAGAUUGAUACCAUGAAGACGAGUGCUGCUGGAGGGGCAUCCACUGAUCAGAAUGAUACCAUGAAGACGAGUGCUGCUGGAGGGGCAUCCACUGAUCAGAAUGAUACCAUGAAGACGAGUGCUGCUGGAGGGGCAUCCACUGAUCAGAAUGAUACCAUGAAGACGAGUGCUGCUGGAGGGGCAUCCACUGAUCAGAAUGAGACCAUACAGACAAAUGCUGCUGGAGGAGCAUCUGCUGAUCAGACUGAGACCCCGCGGAUCAGUGUUACUGAAGGGGCACAUGUUAAUCAGACAGGGUGUUACCUGCAGUAA